AAUCGAGCCUUCUCUUGCCGCUGAUGCUGCUGAUCCUCCAGCAGGCGCCGAACCUGCCAGUGCCGAAUCUACCAGCGCCGAACCUACCAGCGCUGAACCUACCAGCGCCGAACCUACCAGCGCCGAACCUGCCAGCGCUGCUGCUGCCAGCACCAGCUCCCUUGCUGGAUCCCAGUCUUCCUCCCACCAGCCCUAUGCUCCUCUCCUGUCCUCCUCCCUUCUCCUCCCGUCCUCCUCUCUCCCUCCCUCCUCCUCUCUUCCUCCCUCCUCCUCUCAUCCUCCCUCCUCUCUUCCUCCCUCCUCUCUCCCUCCCUCUUCCUCUCUCCCUCCCUCCUCCCCCAUCCCCUCCACCUUUUCUCACUCUUCUCCAGCCUUUUCCCCUGGUCACAGCAGUCCGCCCCCUUCCUAUCCACACCAAUCACCACUCCUUCCGUCCAAUCAGCUCCUGCCACCUCGAUCCCCCCGCGGCCCAUCCCCACACUCUCAUGACCCCCGGAGCCCAUCCCCACACAUCCGUGAACUCCCCACUCCCCACAAGGCUCACAUGUGGGUACGCUCACACACACUCGGCACCCAAGUGACUGCUGCACCAUCGCCACCUGACCCCCC